AUGAAUUCGUCGCAGGCGGGUUACUUCGCGAAGCAGGGGCUGAGCAUGCUGUACAAUGCGACUGUAACAAGCGUGAGUGCGAUUGCAACGGGGAUAAACAAGGCGUAUCAGACGUACACGGACUAUUACGAGCGUGACCAGAUCGAAGCCCUUAAGAAGUCCGGCAAGCGACCAGCAGACAACCUAUAUCUAGUGCUGCAGCGCUUCCAGUAUCUCUGCAUGGCUGGUUACGACAACGAGCUUGCGGCUGCCGCCCAGAAAGCAGCUACCAAGCUGACGGCAGGAGAGAAGAGUUCCGUGGCUCUUGAAACUCUACUGCUGCUGACCCGGGUGCUGACGUCAGUGUCGCAGCGCUACGGCGAGCAGUCGGGGCAGGGGUGGGGGCUGCAGGACUUUCUGAACUCGUCUCGCAUGGGCAAGGACCACUUUGACCGCGACCAGCUCGUCAUUGACUUCUACUUCGCCAUCCUCUUUGUUCAAGACGUGUGUGGGGGACCCGGGCCGCAGUUUGAGCAGGCCAUUCGCGAGGCAACAGGGAGGCUGGUGGAGGGGGAUAAAUACGUGGGCGAGGGAGGGGGGUUCUCUGGUGGCGGUGCUGCCUUCGGCGGUGCUUCCUCCUCCGUGCCCUCCUAUGCCGCUGUGCCAUCAGCCAGCGCUUUACCCUCUGAUCAAGACCCCAAGAAAAAAGCGAUGAAGGUGGUGCAGGUGCUAUCUCAGGCCGUGCGAAAGGCAGCAGAGGAUGCAGACGGGCGCAAGCAGCGCUCGCUCAAAGAAGCAGAGGAGAUGCUUCGACGCGAGAACGAAAAAGCAGCUGCGGCCGCCGGCGUGGCCUAUGCCGGACCUCCCGCCAAGCCUCUCAGCAGCUUCGGCGGCGGAGCCUCGGCAGCAGCUCCGGUCGGCGGGUAUGGUUCGGCGGGUGGUAUGGCAGCGAAGCCUAGCGGUGUGUCGGCUUGGAGUGGGGGGAGCGGGGCUGCUGCUGCUGCGCCCAGCCCUUGGGGUGGGGGAGGGGGGAGUGCGUUGGGGGGACCGGUAGGGGGAACGAUGGGGGGAGGUGCAGGGGGGAGUGCGUGGGGAGGAGGGGGGAGUGCGAAUGUUGGAGGGGCAGGGGGAUUUGGGGGAGGUAGUGGUGGUGGUGGGGGGGGUUGGGGGGGGAGUGCGUCGACGGGAGGGGGAGGGGGGGCGUGGGGGGCAGGGGGAGGGCAGGCAGGGGGGAGUGCAGGAGGGUGGGGCGGGACGACAGGGGGAAGCACGACGGGAGGGAGUUCUGGUUGGGGUACCGGCACUGGUGGCAGUUUGAUAUAA